GAGCUUUGGUGCAUUGUCGAUAACAGUGUAGCCAUAUCCGUCUUUGGUGCAAUGCCGAUAACGAACUGAUAAAUUUCGUAUAAAAUCACUGAGUUAACCUUUAGCCUUCACCAGAAGUUGAUCGUCCGCUCUACCGUCAGCAUGUUGUUCCUCGUAGUUUUCGGCGGUCUCCUCCUGAUCCAGGACGCUUGGUCUGAGGAUAGUCCGCAGUUCUGCACCAGGGCCAGCUGCAACACAUACCAAGAUAUCAACAGACUCCACUGCCACAAUAAUCCAGCCCGAUUUUGCCAGUGCCGUCCAACCGCAGACAAUGGCUGGGAACUCCAGGUGAUGCCCUGUCCAGAACCGGAAACCGUGUUCAGCUUACGUCAUCAGGUUUGCGUCCAUCCGUCGAUGCGGGAUCAACGCGACUGUCCCACAGAGGAUGUCCUCGAUCCUGGCUGCGAUGAGGUUCCCUGCAACACCUACGAGGAGAUCAAUACCCUGUCGUGCCAUUCGGAGGCGAAACGGUUCUGCCAGUGUAGACCGGUGUCGAUCCAGAAGGACGAUCCCAAUAAGGGGGUGUUCAAACCGAUAUCCAUGCCUUGCGCCGAGGGAACUUUGUUCAAUUUUAGACUGCAGACGUGCUCGCGGGAAGAGUUGUGGACCAAUACUUGUCCUUGAAUGUAUUGUUUAUCUUAGAUUAAGUUCUGUACCAGUAUGUGAAUAAAGAGAUUGGACCAACGCA